AUGAAGAAAAAUGAUUUGGUAAGAGUAAAGGGUGAGAAGGAAGAAGAGAUUUCGGAAGGUGAGGUGUGGAUCAAAGUUGCCGUUUUUGGUUGCAACGAAGGGAACAGUGAGAAACUGAAGGGACAUGGAAGGAAGAGAAAGGCACAAUUAACGACAAGUGAGAACAGAAUCCUUCUCCAAGUUCAGAAGUUUCUUGAGUAUCCUCAAGUUCUUCAAGGAUGGACCAACUUGACCAAAUUCUGCUCCCUCCCUCCCUCACCUUCUAUCAACAUUGUGUGCUCCAAUGGCCAUGUAACCGAGUUAACCAUCAUUGGGAACAAAAGCUCCCCUUCUUCUCAAAGAAUCCAACUUGUGUCUUGGAAUUCAUCUGAGAUUCUCUCAAAAAGAUUCUCCAUUGAGUCUUUCUUUACUGUCCUGACAAAGCUCUCAAAUAUGAAGGUGUUGUCAUUGGUGUCACUUGGUUUGUGGGGUCCUUUACCUUCCAAGAUAAACAGAUUCAGGUUUCUUGAAGUGCUGAAUGUAAGCUCAAACUUCAUUUAUGGGGAAAUCACACCAUCAGUCUCCUCUUUGAAAAAUCUAACGAGUCUUGUUUUGGCUGAUAAUCUUUUCAAUGGGAGUGCUCCUGAUCUUGGAAGACUGGCUUCUCUUGAAGAGCUCAAUUUGGGUGGCAACAAACUGGGUCCUGAAUUCCCUUCAUUGAGCAAGAAUCUCGCAAGGGUUAUCUUGAGAAACAACUCUUUGAGAUGUAGAAUCCCUCCCCAACUCAUGCAUGUUUAUAACCUUCAGAUAUUUGACAUCUCUUCCAAUGCAGUAUUUGGAAAUGUUCCAUCGUUUAUUUUCUCUCUUCCUUCCCUCAAGUACCUAAACUUGGCUGCAAACCAAUUGAGUGGUGCCCUUUCUGUGAAUGUAUCGUGCAGUUUUGCUCUAAUAUUUGUUGAUAUCUCACACAACCUCUUGGUGGGAACAUUGCCACCAUGCAUAGGUUCAAAGGCUUUAAACCGAACAACACGUUAUUCUGGGAAUUGUUUGUCAACCAGAAGCUUAAAUGAUCAAUAUCCAUCUUCUCAUUGCCAGAAAGUGGAGGCCUUAGCUGUUAGACCUUUACCUAGAAGCCAGAAGAAGGAAUCAAAGAUGCAACUAGACGUAAAACUUGGAAUUAUUUGUGUUGUGGGAACUGCAGGGCUUUUUCUGGUUCUUCUCAUUCUGUGUAUCUUCAGAAAGUUCAAAUCAGAAAAAUCAGACAGUAAUUAUAAAACACGGAUCUCUGCUGCUGCUGAUGUCCGUGCAUAUCCAAGAUCAAAUAUUGACGCAAAACAUGUUCCUCUAGCAACCAGGCAAACUUUUCUUGGAUUCCCACCAUACUUCAUCUUUUCAUUAGAAGAAAUUGAAGAUGCUACAAAUAACUUUGAUCCAUCAAAUCUAGUUGCAGAAGGAUCACAAGGACAGCUAUAUAAUGGUUGGCUCUUAAAUGGUUCAAUGGUCACGGUCAAUCGUGUAAAACUAAAGCAGAAGUGUUUGCACAAUAACAUUAUUGAGAGCUUGAAGGUAUUACCCUAUUUAAGGCACGGGCAUUUGGUGAGUGUUCUAGGACACUGUGUCACUACUCAACAGGAUCGUCCCCAAAAGAUAAGCACCAUAUUUGUUGUAUUUGAGCAUGUGUCAAACGUGUCAUUGAGGGAUUACCUUGCAGAUGGGAUAAAAAAGGAAAUGUUGAACUGGCCACAGAGAAUGGCAAUCAGCAUAGGCAUUGCGAGAGCAAUCCAGUUCUUACACACCAGAGUUCGUCCUGGCAUAUUUGGCAACAAUAUAAAGAUUGAGAAUAUUCUGUUGGAUGACACCCUCAAUGCAAAAGUUAGUGGAUACAGCAUUCCAUGGCCAUCCAAGAAAAGUCUUGACAGCAAACUUUGUGACCAAAGACCCCUCAAUCAAAUUGGAAGCAUCAAUAACGCAGAAAAGGAGGAUAUAUAUCAGUUUGGUGUUAUUCUACUUGAAGUUAUCACUGGCAAACUAAUUACAUCUUGCAGUGAAGAAGAGAAGCUGAAGGAUGAGCUGGAGAAAGGUUUAUUAGAAGCUGCAUCACCAUCACUAAGAGGUGCAUCGCCAAUACUAACGGGUGUGUCCGAUUUUUCCAUCCGGGAAACUUGUGUGUAUGAAUCAUUGAGGACUGCAGUUCAGAUUACCAUCAGUUGUCUCAGCAAGGAUUCCAGUAAUCGCCCUUCAAUAGAGGAUAUUCUCUGGAAUUUGCAGUACUCCAUGCAAGUUCAAGAGCCGAGGAUCAGUGGUGUAAACCUCUUUACAAAAGUGUAA